AUGUCAUCGCAUAAUAGAUCAAAAAGUCGAACAUAUUAUUCACAAGCUGGUGAUCAUUAUGUGGAUAGCAAAUCUAAACAAUUACUUUUUCAGGAAGCUCAAGUAUGUACAAUGGGAAGAACUAUAUUAAAGAAUGGUGAAACAUUUGAUGCAAAUGCAGCUGAUAAUUUAUUAGAGAAACAUUAUAAAAGACGAAAAUCACAUGGUUCAAUGUAUUGUUUAGUGGAUAGAGUAAGAUUUCAAAAAAGUAGAUCAACUGGUUCACGUUCGUAUAGACCUGAUCUAACUUAUCGAGAAAUUAAUCGUUUUUAUGAACACAGAAGUCGACCUGAUUGUUUUACAUUAGGAAUAGAAGAUGAAAGAACUGGGAGACGAUCCUAUGAAUCAUAUAAAUGUAAAAGACCUGAAGACGUUGGUUUGCUGCGUAAUACAAUACUUAAGGCACAACAAGAUCCAUAUUUUCUUUUGAAAGAUUCUACACCAAUCCGUCAAAUUUCUGUAUCACCGACAUACUAUCAUGAUACUUCACCUCGAAAUGGUCCAGUUACAGUGAUUACUGUCCCACCUGAACAUACCAGAUCGUAUGAGAGAACAGUUCGCUCCCCAUCACCAGUGUAUAUUAGACCUGUGACAAGACAAAGUGUACGUCGUUCGCCUUCACCUGAAGAUGUCUAUGUGUAUCGGAAUAGUCGACCAGUCAGUAUUGAACGACGAUAUGAUACAAUCGAGCCAAUUAGACCACGUAGUGUUACAAGCUAUAGAACCGUAUCUAGUCCAGGGGUGAAUGAAGAAGUAACUUAUCUAAAAGUAGAUAAUCAAACAGGAGCUCAAAUAUCUCCUAAUGGUCCAAUAUACAUGUAUGUUUCAAGAUCAAGACCUGCUGAUGAUUUGGUAUCAUCACCAGACGUAUCAAGUUAUCAACCAACAAGGAGAAGCAUCUAUUAUAACAGAUAA